AUGCACCUGCCCAAGCCUCCUGCUCUCGUUCUUGAUAAGCCUGGACCGCGACAGGAGCAUCAGGAGGGUGGCGUGUUUUUGCCGAAGGGCAGCAGACUGGCCUCGACGGACCUGAGGAUGGGCCACAAGUACCAGGUCAUGGCGCAGAUCGGGGCAGGCUCCUUUGGGGACAUCUACUUGGUCAAUGAAAUGUACAACAACGAAGGGCAGUUCGCCCUCAAGACGGAAGAGUAAAAGACUAAGGUGCCAACCCUGCCAAACGAGAUCAAAAUCCUGAAGUCGUUGGCCGGCCUGUCGCUUGCUAACAGCCCGGGCAUCCCCAACAUCCACAUGUCGGGGCGGGAGUCCAAGUACCACACGGCGGUGCUGGAUCUGCUAGGCCCCUCGCUCGAGGAUUUGUUCGUGAUGUGCAAAAAGUCAUUCUCACUCAAGACAGUCUUAAUGCUCGCUGACCAGCUGCUCGAGAGGAUGGAGGCAAUGCACAGCCGCAGCAUACUUUACAGAGACGUCAAGCCAGAGAAUUUCCUGAUGGGAGUCGGAGAAAAAUCUCAUCUAGUGCAUGUGGUGGAUUUUGGGCUGAGUCGAAAGUUUAGGGACGGAGGCAGCAACCAGCACGUGCCAUACCGGUAGGGCCGUGCGCUGGUGGGGACUGCUCGCUACACCUCGGUGAACACGCACCUGGGGAUCGAGCAAAGCAGGCGAGACGACAUCGAGUCGCUGGGGUACGUGUUAAUAUACUUCCUGAAGGGGUUUUUGCCAUGGCAGGGACUGCGGUACAACAACAAGACCGAAAAAUACCAGAAGAUCGCAGAACGGAAGCUGACUAUCCCCCCCGAAAUAGUGUGCAAGGGGCUGCCACUCGAGUUCUCCCUCUACCUGCAGUACACCAAGGCGCUCAAUUACGAGGAGAAGCCGGACUACAACUACCUGCGUAGCGUCUUCCGAGAGCUCAUGGGCCGCAUGGAGUACAAGUUCGACUAUGAGUACGACUGGUGCAAGCUGGCCACUGCCCGGCUUGAGAGCAAGAGCCUGACCAUCGAAAUCUGCAACGAGCAGGGCUACAAGGACGACCAGCAGCAGCCGCAGCUCGUCUUCUGGGAGGACUUCGGCUCUGACCUCGACCCAGCAGAGGUCAAGGUCAUCACGCCUGACGAGUCCGACAGCCAGCUCGACAUCUGA